CUUGUAAAAACUUUUCCUAUAAAAAUCAGUGAAAUUUUUUAAAUUAAACAUUGUUUUAUAGAACUACAACUAAACAACAACGAAAAUUAUUAAUUAACCAUGAUGAAUAAAAGUUCAUUGACUCUAGCAAUUUUGUCUGCCCUAUUGGGUUUGAGCGCUGCUCAAAUUGUUUUCCAAGGAUCUUGUCCCGAAAACGUUAAAGUGGUGUCAGAUUUUAAUGUUGAAAAAUAUUUGGGUAAAUGGUAUGAAUAUGCCAAAUAUCCAGCAUAUUUUGAAAUGGAAGGUAAAUGUGUAACGGCCCAGUACUCUUUGGGUGAUGAUGGCAAUGUUACUGUUAAAAAUACUUUAAUCAAUGAAAAAACCAAUGUCUUGACCGAUAUCUUGGGUACAGCUUCCUUAGUUGCCAAUGGCAAACUGUUGGUUAAAUUCCCCGUUUCGCCCGCCAUUACCGUUUCCAGUAACUAUUGGAUUUUGGAUACUGAUUAUGAUAACUAUACAGUUAUUUAUUCCUGUGUUCCUGUUACAACUAACACUCAUGCUACCAUUGCUUGGAUUUUAACUCGUCAAGCUUUGCCAGAGCCAACUAUUAUUGAAAAGGCUGUCAGUGUUUUGAAAGAAAAUAAUGUUUCUUUGAGGGAAAUGACAAUUACCAAUCAAAUUUCAUGCAAUGAAGAAACAGAAAAUUAAACAUUUUCAGAAUAUUUUUUAAACAAAUUUUGUGAAUGUUGCUAAACUUUUUAAAUUCAAAUGAAUACAUUAAUAUGAACAUAA